GACUGUCAGCUAAAGGCUUUAAUGCUGUAACAAGCAUUGUACUGCAGGGUACAUUCAAUGUAACAUCAGCAUUUGGUAAAAAGAUGAUUGAAGAAAAGACAGGAGGAACAUUUCUUAACAUAACCGUCUCUGGAUUUAAAGGAACAGGAUUUGUGCUACCAUCUGCUUGUGCAAAAGCCGGAGUUGAUGCAAUGACACACUCACUAGCAUCAGAGUGGGGACGAUAUGGUAUUAGGAUGAACAGUAUUGGACCCGGACCAAUCUAUACAAAAGGAGCUUUCUCCAGACUUGAUCCAGGUGGAGAGGGAACUAAUAAGAUGGUCGAUCAAGUUCCUGUUGGACGUGAGGGGGAGGUUGAGGAAUUGGCUAAUUUAGCCUGCUAUCUUGUUCACCCUGCAUCUUCAUGGUUGACAGGCCAGCGAAUCGACUUUGACGGAGGAUUAGCAAACUAUAUGGGUGGAAUGUUUAAUGGAUUAUCUGAAAUUACCCCCGACCAAUGGGAUAUGAUUGAGCAAAUGAUAAGAUCUACCAAAGGUUCAUAA